AUGGCCGUCCAGCAACUAGGAGUGCUAUACAGGGACCUCCAGCAGUCGUUUGGAAAGCGCCCAUGCGACCUGAAGCGAUGCGGUGAACUUUUGACGAAACUCAAGGUCUAUACGCUCAUUGAAGUAACGAUCGGCAUGAUUGAGAACGGUCUAUAUCCGCCACGAAGCGAUAACCUAGAUGACCUCGUCGUCGCCCGCACCAUCCUCGAGAUCGGCGCCUUCUGGAGCAUACGGUCCCACGACGUCCCCUCCUUCGACCGCUACUUCUCCCAGCUUCAGACUUUUUACAACGACUACGCCACCGUCCUCCCGCCCUCGCCGCGCGAACAUCCCAUCCGCGGGCUGCAACUCACCCGCCUCCUGACUCAGAACCGGAUCGCCGCUUUCCACGCUGCGCUCGAGUCGCUCCCUGCGUCGCUGCACGAGAACCCGUACAUCCGGCACGCCGUCGACCUCGAGCGCUGGAUGAUGGAGGGCAGCUACGCCAAGGUCUGGAACGCGCGCGAGGAGGCGCCCGCGGAGGAGUACGCCUUCUUUGUUGACAGCCUUAUGGGCACCAUACGAAAUGAGAUCGCGAGCUGCGAGGAGGCGGCGUACGACAGUCUGCCGCUGAAAGACGCCGCGACGCUGCUCUUCUUCCCCACCCAAUCGGAGCUGCAGAACUUCGCCAGAGAGCGCGGGUGGCAAAUCAACCUGGUGGAUGAGACGAUCACAUUCGCCCGCAAAGGCGAGGAAAAAGUCGAGUUGCCGAAGGAGAAGCUGAUCGCGCAGUCUUUGGCGUACGCGCGCGAGCUCGAGCAGAUUGUAUGA